GGCUUCAACCCCUCCCCUAGUCGCAAUGGAUUUCAACAAGUGCUCUGACCCUUUUUAAUGUCUGCUUCAACCUGUCACAAAGUCUGAGCAAUCAGGGGUCCACGCAGCUCUGGGAAAAUGGCACCAGCAAAGGGAAUCUUGGAGCGUCUCAACGCUGGGGAAGUGGUGAUCGGCGAUGGCGGCUUUGUGUUCGCCCUGGAAAAGAGAGGCUACGUGAAGGCGGGUCCGUGGACCCCUGAGGCUGCCGCUGAGCACCCUGAAGCAGUGCGCCAGUUGCACAGGGAGUUCUUGAGGGCAGGGGCCAAUGUCAUGCAGACCUUCACCUUCUACGCCAGUGAUGACAAGCUGGAGAACAGGGGCCACAAGCAAAGCUACACCGGCGCCCAAAUCAAUGAGGCUGCCUGCGAUUUGGCCCGCGAGGUGGCCAACGAGGGCGACGCCUUGGUGGCGGGAGGCGUGUCUCAGACGCCAUCUUACCUGAGCUGCAAGAGUGAAGCUGACGUGAAGGCCACCUUUAAGAAGCAACUGGACGUUUUCAUCAAAAAGAACGUGGACUUCCUGAUUGCCGAGUACUUUGAGCACGUUGAGGAGGCCGUGUGGGCGGUGGAGGUGCUGAAGCAGACAGGAAAGCCUGUGGCCGCCUCUCUGUGCAUCGGGCCAGAAGGCGACAUGCACGGUGUCUCACCUGGAGAGUGUGCUGUCAGGCUCGUCAAAGCUGGUGCCCAGAUAGUGGGUGUCAACUGUCACUUCGACCCACUGACCUGUGUGAAGGCUGUCAAGAUGAUGAAGGCGGCUGUAGAGAAGGCCGGCCUGAAGGCUCACUACAUGGUGCAGCCUCUUGCCUUCCAUACACCUGACUGCAACUGUCAGGGAUUCAUCGACCUGCCAGAAUUCCCUUUCGGUCUGGAGCCGAGGAUUCUGACUCGCUGGGACAUGCACGAGUAUGCCAGGGAGGCCUACAAAGCCGGCAUCCGCUUCAUCGGUGGCUGCUGCGGAUUUGAGCCGUACCACAUCAGGGCUGUUGCAGAGGAGCUGGCGGCUGAGAGGGGAAUCGUGCCCCCUGGAUCGGAGAAACACGGAAUGUGGGGUGCCGGUCUGGAGAUGCACACCAAACCCUGGGUCAGAGCCAGAGCUCGUCGUGAUUACUGGGAGAAGCUGAAGCCGGCCUCUGGUCGUCCACUGUGUUCCUCCAUGUCCAGCCCGGACAGCUGGGGUGUUACCAAAGGCCACGCUGAGCUCAUGCAGCAGAAAGAAGCCACCACUAAGCAACAACUCAAGGAGCUGUUUGAGCGCUCAAAAACCCACUGAUUUAACAAGUGCCGCCCAUCCUCAGACCUGACAGCACAGAUUCACGGAAACACACGUGUGCAAAUCAGCAUUUUCACCCUGUUGACCACCCAGGGGGCCAGAACCUCAUUUGAAACUGCCACUGUUGUGUGCGUCUGCUGAUUGUAAACUGCUGUAGGGUUCAUGUGAAGCCACAGUGGCAGCUCAAGUAUGGAGAAAGCCCCUUUAAGAUCGGGAUCUUUUUAUUUUCCAUGAAACAAGACCACUUUGUAAAAUAAAAACAGAUCUAACAGAA